CCGCUAGGCUUCCCCGCUUCGGCCUGUCCCCCCUACCGACCCCUCCCCAUGUGAGCGCGGUGGGGCGAGCCGGGAGCGGGAGGAAGAGGAGGACCUACGGCCGUCGGCCGGAAGGCAGCUGGCAGCAGGCCCAAGCGAGCGGCGCCGCGUUCAUGUUCCGUCAGGAGCAGCCGCUGGCCGAGGGCAGCUUCGCGCCCAUGGGCUCCCUGCAGCCGGACUCAGGCAACGCGAGCUGGAAUGGGACUGAGGCGCCGGGGGGCGGCGCCCGGACCACCCCCUACUCCCUGCAGGUGACGCUGACGCUGGUGUGCCUAGCAGGCCUACUCAUGCUGCUCACCGUGUUUGGCAACGUGCUGGUCAUCAUCGCUGUGUUUACAAGCCGUGCGCUCAAGGCGCCCCAGAACCUCUUCCUUGUAUCGCUGGCCUCGGCUGACAUCCUGGUGGCCACACUCGUCAUCCCCUUCUCCUUGGCCAACGAGGUCAUGGGCUACUGGUACUUCGGCAAGGCGUGGUGCGAGAUUUACCUGGCGCUCGACGUGCUUUUCUGCACUUCGUCCAUCGUGCACCUGUGCGCCAUCAGCCUGGACCGCUACUGGUCCAUCACGCAGGCCAUCGAGUACAACCUGAAGCGCACGCCGCGCCGCAUCAAGGCCAUCAUUGUUACCGUGUGGGUUAUCUCGGCCGUCAUCUCCUUCCCACCGCUCAUCUCUAUAGAGAAGAAAGGCGCCGGUAGCGGCCCGCAGCCUGCUGAGCCACGCUGCGAGAUCAACGACCAGAAGUGGUACGUCAUCUCGUCGUGCAUCGGUUCCUUCUUCGCGCCCUGCCUUAUCAUGAUCCUUGUCUACGUGCGCAUCUACCAGAUUGCCAAGCGCCGCACCCGCGUGCCACCCAGCCGCCGGGGUCCAGACGCCACCGCCGUGCCGCCGGGGGGCACGGAGCGCAGGCCCAAUGGCCUGGGUCCAGAGCGUGGCGCGGGUCCCACGGGUGCAGAGAUCGAACCGCUGCCCACCCAGCUCAACGGCGCCCCGGGGGAUCCCUCGCCAGCCGGGCCGCACGAUGCAGACGCGCUGGACCUGGAGGAGAGCUCGUCGUCCGAGCACGCUGAACGGCCCCCGGGCCUCCGCAGGCCCGAUCGGGGGCCCCGGGCCAAGGGCAAGGCCCGAGCGAGCCAGGUGAAGCCUGGGGACAGCCUGCCUCGGCGCGGGACGGGGGUGGCAGGGCUCGGGACGCCGGCGGCAGGGCCCGGGGACGAGCGCGGCGGGGGCUCUAAGGCGUCGCGCUGGCGCGGUCGGCAGAAUCGCGAGAAACGCUUCACCUUUGUUCUGGCCGUGGUCAUCGGCGUAUUCGUGGUGUGCUGGUUUCCCUUCUUUUUCACGUACACGCUCACGGCCGUCGGCUGCCGUGUGCCGCUCACGCUCUUCAAGUUCUUCUUCUGGUUUGGCUAUUGUAACAGCUCGUUGAACCCAGUCAUCUACACCAUCUUCAACCACGACUUUCGCCGCGCUUUCAAGAAGAUCCUGUGUCGCGGGGACAGGAAGCGUAUCGUGUGAGCUCCCGGCAGACCGCCGGCGCACAGACUCAUGCCAAUGGCAGGAAGCGGAGACCCGGGGGUGCGCCUACAUAGCCUGGGCAUUCUGAACCCGGCUUCUGCGUUUGUUGCCCUGGGGGUUUACUCUGCUGCCUCCUGCAGGCAUAUGCUCUACCCAACCAGGGAGAAGUUC